CGUGGGCGGCGGUAACGCGCCUUGUGACCGCGCGCCCUCACUAUGUUAUCGAAUGCUAAAGAUGGCGGAUUUCCUGCCGUCCCGCUCCCUCCUGGCCGCUUGUUUUCCGAGUUGUGUCCUCACCCAGCGAGAGGUCGAGCAGCUCCGCAAGAGCAAGCAGAUCGACGAGCUCAUCUCGCGGGAUAAGACCUACGUGCGGCGGCUGGUGAAGAUCCUGCUGCUCGGGGCCGGCGAGAGCGGUAAAAGCACUUUCCUCAAGCAGAUGCGAAUUAUUCAUGGCCAGGACUUCGACCAGAAGGCCAAAGAGGAGUUCAGGGGGACCAUCUACAGCAACAUCUUGAAGGGGAUCCGAGUCCUGGUGGAUGCCAGGGAAAAGCUCCGCAUCCCUUGGGGAGACCCCGGCAACCAGCAGAACGGCGAGGUCCUGAUGAGUUUCGACACCAGGGCGUUGACCGGGGCAGCCGCAGGCCUCAUGGAGACGCGGGUUUUUCUCAAUUACUUGCCGGCCAUCAGAUCGUUGUGGGCGGAUAGUGGUAUUCAGAACGCGUACGAUAGACGCAGGGAGUUCCAGCUGGGAGAAUCUGUGAAAUAUUUCCUGGACAACUUGGAAAGAUUAGGAGAUCCAGAAUAUCUUCCAACACAACAGGACAUUCUACUAGCACGAAGACCGACAAAGGGAAUACAUGAAUACGACUUUGAAAUAAAAAAUGUGCCCUUCAAGAUGGUAGAUGUGGGAGGACAAAGGUCAGAACGAAGGCGCUGGUUUGAAUGCUUUGAUGGGGUGACAUCCAUUCUGUUCCUGGUAUCUUCAAGUGAGUUUGACCAGGUGCUUAUGGAGGACCGGCAGACGAAUCGCCUGAGUGAGUCCUUAAACAUCUUCGAAACAAUAGUCAACAACAGGGUCUUUAGCAAUGUCUCCAUAAUUCUUUUCCUUAACAAGACGGACUUGUUGGAGGAGAAGGUCAAAACUGUUAGCAUCAAGGACUACUUCCCUCAAUAUGAGGGAAACCCCCAUGAUCUCUCUGAUGUCCAACAGUUCUUGGUGCAGUGCUUUCGUGACAAACGUCGAGACCAGCAGCACAAACCACUCUACCAUCACUUCACCACCGCCAUUAAUACGGAAAACAUUCGUCUUGUCUUCCGUGAUGUCAAGGACACUAUCCUCCACGAUAACCUUAAGCAGCUGAUGCUCCAGUGACAUCAGUUACUUUGUCACUUUUAGUAUCUGGCACUGACAGCAGCUUACACCAGAGUGAAUUAAGGUUACAGUUCCUUCAAAAACUUAAGGCAGCUGCUGUAAACUGCUCAACUGAAGAAUGCCAAAUUUAUUUUUCAGACUUGAUCUUUCAAUUCCUUUGCCCCAGUUGAGUUUUCCUGAGGGUAUUCUAAUCAAGUGUAUUCUUAGGCAACCUGACAAGGUUUACGAUUUUGUUUCUUCAAAAAUGAAGAUAGUCAAAGCUGUGGUGUUGAAUGUGGAAAUUGUCUUGUUAAUAUCUGCUCUCUCCCUCUUUCUCCCAGACCCCAAACAAAAAGGGCUGUUACAAAGCAAAAGUAAUUAUUUAUUCCAAAAAGAAAUGUUUGUGUUACAGACAUGGAUUAAUGACAUUUUGUUCAUGAGUCCAUUUGGGAAUGAAAUUUGUUGUCACUUCCAAAUGGUUUUCAUGACUUCUCAAAAAUGUUUAAAAUUUUGCUAUUUGGUCUA